AUGGUGCAAGCCGAGUGGCUCAUCAACGUCUUGGUGGUGGUUGCUGCCCUGUGGCGCUUUCAGCAAACUUCGGUCCAGGACUGGUUUGACAGAGCGUCUGGUUUCUUCUUUCAAGCGACGGUUCCCGUUGUUCCGGCAGAGAGCACCGAGCUCGGAAAAGAGGAUCGCGUGAGUUCGAUCGUGCUGGCAUCCUUACUAGGUGAUGCCCUCGCGUUGCAAACCCACUACGAAUACAACUAUCAGAAGAUUCGCGACUUCUACAGAAUCAAUCUCAACGACACGGUGCCUGCGGUGGCCAAGCGCCUCCGUGCCAAUGCCGAGGUUUUGGGGCUGGCUGUGACUCCUGGCUUCACAGGCGUGGAUAUGAGAAAUUGGCAUCCUGGAAAGACAGGUGGCGACCUGACCGACUAUGGUGACUGUGUGGUGAUGACUCUGGAGUACUUGGCUGGACAGCCUUGGUCCCUGAACGGCUUCCACGAUUUCUGGCUCACCUGGAUUCAGAACUACCAGGGCUAUGUGAACAUGGCUACAAAGACAAUCCUCGAGGGUCGCGAAGCCAAGGUAAAGAGCCCGGGUAGAUUGGGCUGGCCGCCUGCUGAAGACUUCUUUGGUGCCUGCCGUGUGCCUGCCUUGAUUGCAGCCUUCCGCGGCCCCUCCGAGGCAGAGCCUUGCAGGUGGUCUGAAGAUUUGCCGGAACUGCUUGAGCCGUUCCCGCCGCAACUGGCGCAGCCCUUCCUCCCGCCUGCAGCUGAGAAGCAGGCUCGGCAGGAGUGUGAAUCUCUCGGUGGAGGCCUUUGUGGUGGAGUCACGUGCUGGAGGAUCCAUGAUGGAGACGGCGCUGUCGAAACUGAGCAGCAUGCAUGUGCCUUGCUGUUGCCGGCCGCCAUGCCCGUGUCAGGAGCUCGGCGGCAGGCGUGGAGCCGCCGCCUGUCGUGUCCCAAGAGCUCACUGUGGCAAGCGGCAAUGGAGGCCGCCUCCAUCCAGUACGCGACCGGAACCUCGCUGGCUGUUUGCCACUUCCUGGCUCGCCUUACAGAUGGUCUUCUUCGGAACCAGACGGCUGCUCGCAGUGAUCUGUUGUCCUUCAUGCGGGGCAUAGUCAGCAGGAUGCAGCUCCGGGGCAGGAGGCUGGUGACCUCUGUCAUCGAUGCAGUCGAGGAGAAGGUAGCAGAAGUCGCAGAGGUUGGGGCUGCGUGGGCCACGGACGUCGUCGAGCGAGAUGAUUUGGCAAUUCGCAGCUUCACCCUGACGAAGCAGGGCCUUGUGAAGUCGUUGCCGUACCCCUGCAAGACGGCCGAGUGCCCGUACUGGGGUGACCAUGGGAAGGCGUCUCCAAUGAUUCCUGGACUGACGGCAGUUCUGUACCUGCUCCUGCGAUAUGCAAAGUAUCCUAUGGAGCAUGCAUUGGCAGUGAAUGCAAUUCUGGGUGGUGACUCUGCGGCGCGAGGAGUUGUUUUGGGAAUGCUGCUCGGUGCCCUGCACGACCCCGAGGCGAUACCGCAGAAGCUGCUUCAGCAGCUGAAUGCCGCUGGCAAAGUCCAGAGGCUACUGAAAGCAGUCGAGCCGAAAAAGAACCCGGGAAGGAAGGUCAGGAGGAAUCGGAUGCAACAUCUUGGGAGCGUACGUCAUUCUUGA